CUUACACCAUUGUCCAGUGAAGUCAUCUCCAUGCUGUCUCAAAAUAAAACCCUGAAAACCACAGAAGAAGUUGCUCUUCAGACUGUUUUGCUUUGCCAGAUUGUGGUUGGGACUGUGGGCAACAUCCUUCUGUUUCUCCAUAAUUUCUCUCCAAUCUUGACUGACUCCCAACUGAGGCCUAUACAAGUCAUUCUAACCAACUUGGCUGUGGCCAAUGCAUUCAUUCUUCUUCCCAUGCCAUUUUUAUACAAUAUGAUUGGUUUUGUUCCAAGGAAACCUGCAACUGACCUCACAUGUAAACUUGCAUACUUCUUUCAUGCAGUGGCUCGAGGCAUAAACAUGUGUUCCACCUGUGCCCUGAGCACCUACCAGUUUGUCACUCUUGUUUCUGGGAACUGGGCUAGGGUCGUGUUCAGGGAAAUAUCCCCCAAGGUUCUAAGUUAUUCUUGCUACAGUUGCUGGUUGUUCAGUGUCUUAAACAGUGCUUACAUACCAAUAAAGGUCAGUGGUCCACAGAAAUCACAUAAUGACACUGAUUCUAAAAACAUGUGGGUCUGCUCCACCUCUGGGUUCAGUGUAGGCAUCAGAUUCUUGCAGUUUUCCCAUGACAUCAUGUUCAUUGGCAUCAUGGUCUGGACCAGUGUCUCCAUGGUGAUUCAACUAAACAGACACCACCAGAAAAUGCACUACAUACAUAACCCCAAUCAGAAUGACAGAGGCCACGCUGAGACCAGAGCAGCCCACACCAUACUGAUGCUGGUGGUCACAUUUGUGUGGAUUUAUAUCCUAGAUUGUAUUUGUAAUUUAGUUCAUAUUUCUUUUGUGGACUCACAUCUCUGGUUGAGGCAUGUCAAAGAACUUCUGGCUCUAAGUUUCCCUACCAUAUCACCCUUACUGUUGAUCUUUAGGGAUCCUAAGGGUCCUUGUUCUCUGCUCUUCAUUUAUGGUUUGAAAAUCCACAUGACUGAGGAGCCAUUACAGAGUAACAAUAAGGUCAAAACAUUUCCAAAGUCUGAAAACCCUCAACCUGACACAAGCAUGAGUAGUACUGAUCCUGCCUUGCUCUAA